GAAGCUGUCCUCAAUACGCGAGUACGAGGCUAACGUGCAUUCCAAGUGUUUCGGAGUAAAUCGUUUAACAAAUCGUGUUGUUUAUUAUCAAAAUUUUAAGAGAAAUGAUUUAAUUAUAUAAACAAACGAACAUGGCCAAUUUCUUAACAUUCGUAGCAACAUGUUUGUUUCUGAUAACAAGCAUUGUUGCACAAGACCAAAAUACUAAUAGUUUUAAUACUAAUUUUAUGGACUAUGACUAUAGGUGUCCAAAAUAUUGGAUAAAAUAUCAGCAAUCAUGCUAUAGAUUUGUUAAAAGUCCAAUAAAACGAAAAGAUGAUGCUAAACUACUUUGUGAGUCGUUCCAAAGCCAUCUUGUAGCUAUAAGUAAUGUGGAGGAACAUACAUUCUUAGUUAAUGAAUUGUCACGUCAAGAUCCACAGCACAGGAGAUGGCAUACAAGUGGAAGAUUAUCAGGAGGAUCAUGGGUGAAUGAAGUUGAUGGUUCUACCCUAUCGUAUUUGGAAAAUGCAUUUUUACCUGAACCAAAUGACGGUAUUUUUCGUGAUCAAUUAGCUUAUGCAUUCAGAGACUCUUUGAAAAGAUGGGGAUUAGAAAAAGUAUUGGCAUCGGAAGAACUUUUGUACAUUUGUGAGGCUCCAGUUUCUGAUUUAAUCAAUUUCAUUGAAGAUGAUCGUGAUUAUCGGUAUGGAGUAGAGAUUGAAGAUCCUCGAAGAAUUCCAAGAGGGCCAUAUUUCACGAGACAACCUGAGGACAAAGUGUAUGAUGUUUCUGAACAAAAACUCUACAAUGCUGUUGUACUAAGCUGUCAUGCUGAAGGAUAUCCAACACCCACUUAUCAGUGGUAUAAAGAAGAUUAUAGAGAUUCUCAUUUAGUCUCUAUAGAAAUCGAUCCAUUAACUAAUAAUAGAUAUACGAUUAGUGGUGGAAAUCUCAUUAUUCAUAAACCAGAACAAACUCAAGAUCGUGGAUAUUAUUAUUGUAAGGCAACUAACGAAUUUGGUACAAUUCUUUCCGAAAGUGUUGAAUUAUCUUUUGGAUAUAUACUUGAGUUUAAUGUAAAUCGAGGAGAAGAACGUGGGGACCAAAACUGGGGAAAAUCUGUCUACUGUGAUCCUCCACAGCAUUUCCCAGGUGUCAAAUAUUAUUGGGCUAGAGAUUACUUCCCGAAUUUUGUUGAAGAGGACAAACGAGUCUUUGUUUCUAAUGAUGGAGCUCUCUAUUUCUCUGCUUUAGAACCAAUUGAUCGUGGAAGUUACUCUUGUAAUGUUCAAAGUAUUGCUUCAAACACUGGACGUAAUGGACCUUUCUUCCCACUAAGAGUAGACCCUCAUUCAUCAUUCCAGCAGCUCAAGUUCCCUAAUAACUUCCCUAAAAUCUUCCCAGAAACUCCAAUUGCUGGUGAAGAAGUCAGGUUGGAGUGUAUUGCAUUUGGAUAUCCAGUACCCAAUUAUAAUUGGACUAGAAAAGGUGCUCCGUUACCUCGACAUGCAAAAUUUUCAAGCUACAAUCGUAUUUUGACUUUACCCAACGUCACAGUAGAGGAUCAAGGAGAAUAUACAUGUCGGGCGUUUAAUGAAAGAGCAUCAACAGAAAAUUCAGUGUAUUUAUCAAUUCAAGCAGAACCACAUUUUACAAUUGAAUUAGAGGAUAAACAUAUGGAUCAUGAUGGAGAUUUAACGUGGACUUGUGAAGCAUUUGGUAUCCCAGAUGUUACAUAUAGAUGGUAUAAAAACGGAGAACCGAUAAGCAUGGAUACUCUGCCUUUAGAAGAUAGAAAUAGAUUUUUCAUUCGUGAUAAUAUACUUAAAAUUCAGCACCUAGAUCGAGAGCGUGAUGAUGGAAUGUAUCAAUGUCAAGCAAGAAAUGAAUUGAAAACAAAAUAUUCUUCUGCUCAACUUCGAGUAUUAUCUUUAAAACCAUCAUUCAAAAAACAUCCUAUGGAGCCUGAGACUUAUGCCGCAGAACGAGGAAAUGUAACAAUAGUGUGUAAUCCUGAAGCAGCACCAAGACCCAAGUUUGUAUGGAAAAAAGAUUGGAAUGUAAUCGGUUCCGGUGGACCAAGACGGAUCCUUGACAAUGGAAAUUUGAUUAUUUAUCCAGUCACGCGUGAUGAUGAAGGAUUAUAUAUAUGUACGGCAACUAAUCAAUAUGGUAGUGACGAAACACGUGGACGACUUAUUGUAUUGCGAGGUCCAUACUUGAUAGAAUCGUUACCAAAUCUAAUAAGAACAUCUGUCAUGAGCAACCAAACAUUACGCUGUCAAGCUGAUGGAGAUUCCAUGUUGGAUAUGGCCUAUGUUUGGACUCAUAAUGGAAUAGAAAUAAGAGAAAAAGAUUUACAAAACAAUCCUAGAUGGCAAAUCCAUGACGGAGUAUUUGAUAUUAUUAAUGUUACACUCUCUGAUGCUGGAACAUAUGAAUGUAUCUUAAAGAGUUCUGUUGGACAAGUUGUAAGCAAUACAACAGUCAUAGUUCAUGGUCCUCCAGGACCUCCAGGUGGAGUUCAAGUCGUUGUUUCAAAACAAUCAGUCACACUUCAAUGGACUGAUGGAGCUUACAACGGAAUGCGAAUAGAUAGAUAUGCUGUAAGUGCUCGUACUACUUGGAGUGAUAAGUGGUUCAACAUAUCAACCGACAUAAUAGCACGUGAAGUUGAUUUAUAUACUGGAAGAAAAGAAGCAUACCUAGAAAAUGUAUUGAAUCCUUUCACUACUUAUGAAUUCCGUGUGAGUGCUGGAAAUAUAUAUGGAUAUGGUCCUCCAUCAAUGCCAUCACCGAAACAUAGCACAUCUCCAGCUAAACCAACCCGAGCUCCUUCGAAUGUUGGCGGAGGAGGUGGCAAACUCAGUGAAUUAACAAUCACAUGGGAUCCACUACCUCCAGAGCAUCAAAAUGGACGAGGAAUUCAUUACAAAAUUUAUUGGCGACUUAAAGGUGAACAGGAAUGGCAAUCUCUUGUGCUGGGAGAGUAUGGAAAUAUUGGAAAGUAUAUUGUAACAAUCAGUCGAGACUUGUUCUAUAUGCAAUAUGAAGUUCAAGUUCAAGCAAUAAAUGAAGCUGGCAUUGGACCGUUAUCAGAAAUAGCUACUAUUUACAGUGCUGAAGAUAUGCCGUUGGUACAACCGCAGAGAGUAUCUGCAUUGAGCUUCAACAGUACAAGCUUGAAUGUAUCUUGGCAUCCUGUCGAAGAAACUCGAAUAAAGGUCAGAGGCAAACUUAUAGGUUACAGAAUUAAAUACUGGCCACAAAAAAAUCAAGAGGAAGAAGCUGUUUACUAUUUAUCUCGAACUACAAGACCUUGGUCAUUGAUUGUUGGUCUCCAACCAAAUGUAUAUUAUUAUGUUAAAGUGAUGGCUUAUAACUCAGCUGGUGCAGGUCCUGAAAGUGAAAGGUUCCUCGAAAAGACAUAUCGAAAAGCUCCUCAAAAUCCUCCAAGUUCUGUUCAAGUAUACGAAGUUAAUCCUUCAACAGUACGGGUUGUCUGGCGUUAUGUGCAACCAAGUCUAGAUGAAGAACCGCUGGAUGGUUAUAAAGUACGUGUGUGGGAAAAAGAACAAGAUAUGGUUACUGCUAACGAUACUCUUAUUUCUGGUGGAUCGAAACUUGAAGCUUUUGUGACUAAUCUAAGUCCGGGUAAAUCAUAUAACCUUCGAGUACUAGCUUACAGUAAAGGUGGAGAUGGUAGGAUGUCCAGCCCACCGCUUCAAUUCCAAAUGGGUGAUCCCGCAAUGUUUAGAAGCAGCGCUAGCAAUAAAAUUUUAGAUGCUACACUUGGAAUCUCUAUUUUACUAGUUUUAAAGCAGCUAAACAUUCUUUAAAUUAAUUUUUACAUUUUUACUUAAUUUUUAGUAUUAUUUUCCGUCUUGAAAACUAAUCUAAAAGACUUGAAAUCGGUUGUUAAAAUGAAGAAGUAAGUUCUAAAAAAAAUUUUGUCAUUUUAAUAGCUUAGCUAGACAAAUGACAAACUUAAGUGGUCUUAAAUUUUAUAUCAAUACUCUAGAGUAUAAUAAUAAUAAAAUUGUCAAUAAAUUUUUUAAGAAUAGGCGAAUUCAAGAUAUCUUAAUUAGUUUAAAUUAAUAAUCGAAUUUUAUCAAGAUUUGUAAUGCAAUUAUCAAUUCAUUAGAUCUGAUUUUUUAUUUUUAUUAACUUUUUGGAAAUUGUUUUUAAACUUUCCAUUUUUUGAUAUAUUGAUUUUAAUCAGCUAUUUACUGCCUAGGGAGCAACAAAUAUUUUUAUAAUAAUGAAAGUAUGGAAGUAAAUAGACUUGAUCAUGUUGUUGCGCUUGUAAAAUUGCUGAGCGAUUUGCAACAUAUUUUUCCGUCCAUAUUUACUCUGUUAAGUUAAAAUAUAAACUUUUAUAUGUAAAUAUACGUAUUAACCAAGUUGGAUCAAAGAAUUGCAUAAAUAAUAUGCAAUGACCUAAUAUUGAUGCAGAUUACAAAUUUUACAGUUGAACUUUAAACUUUGAGAAGGGAAAUUUAUUCAUACAAAGAAUUAAAUACUUCAAAACGGAUUUUUAGAGUUUACAAAAGAUAUAAUUAAGUCAAGAAAAUAAUAAUAUAAAUUAUAAUUAAUAAGUUGAAAUUAUAACUGUGUAAUACGGUUGAACAUAAAUUGUUAAAAUAGUUUAAAACAGUAUUUCCUUCUCAAAUGCGAAUAAAAAAAAGUAAACUAUUUUUACUUAAAAACAAAUGCAGUGUUGUAGAUUUUUAAUAGUAAUGAGUGAAAGUAAUUUUAGAAACUAUAUAUAAG